ACUCUUGUAGAUUUGUGCUUUGAAGUGCGCGUUCAGUGCGCGAUUUUUGAACUGCGAUUUCGGGAAACUUUUCGAGGGUUUCCUAAAACCGCCGGGAAGUCUCGACUCGGGAAGGGUUGCGGAUUUCUUGUUGAAUUUGGAACUCAAAAUCUCCGUAAAUCUAUCGCACAAGUAUGAGGCUGUGGCUAGCCUUCAUGAUCCUCCUCUGCGCAUGCGCAAUCGUCCUUGCGGAGGACACCACUCGCACCAAGCGUCGACUGGUCCACACCUCCACUGACCUAGACCUAGCCUCCCCUGACUCCAGCUCCCAGGAGGCCGCCACCCCCCUCGACUCCACAUCAGCGGCCACCCCCAGCCCUACCCCCAGCCAAGAGACCUCUGCAGGAUCCUCCACGGCCCCGCGCCGCCGGCGAAAAGGCUCCAAAGGCUCCAACCGACGAGCCUCGAAACCGGGAGAGGAGAAGCCGAAACGGUCCCAGAACUCGAACCAGAAGAAGAAGAUAGUCUCCAACUCGAAGCUUCUGUCCAGGCUGGGCUUGGCGCGCGUGGAGCCGGGUCCGCACUACAGGAAGCGGCUGGCCGGGGGCGCGCAUGCCCAGAGACCGGAAGGCUACAAGGGCCACCAGAAGCGGAUCCUGGAGAACUUGGACUCGAGGAUGUAUGUGAUCAAGCUCCCGCCCAGUUCGUACUACUACGCCUCGCAUCAUGAUGACAAGUUCCGCGGUGCUGACCCCGGUCACAAGUCCUUCAACAAUUUGGGGAUUAAUUUCGCUUCCAAUGGCAAACCAAGCAAGGUGUACCACUACAACAUCCCGGUCAUCAACAAACUCGUCGGGAGGAAGACCAACUCCAAUUUCUACAAGUACGACGACGACAUCAACGACCCUCUGUUCCUGGGCCACGGCGCCGGAGAGAGCAGCGUCUACAACGUCAAGAACAUCGAGAACCACCAAUACCCAAGCGACUUGGGUCACUCCACCCCCGCAGCUCCCUCCAUCGCAGAUCAAGACAAGGCCAGCCACAAGAAGCACGGCCCGAAAAAGACCGUCACAUACAUGAAACCCAAGCCCACGAAACAGUUCACCAAGUACUUCCCCAGCAAUGGGAAACCUCACGCUUUCUACAUUAUCGAAAAUAGUAGCAAGCCUUACUACCACAGGCUGCUGCCGUGAGUCACUUGAUGCCUGAAAUGAGGUUCUGUCGUUCCACUGUGUAUCGACGGUUUUUACUAGAAUCCUAUUAGAUUUAUUACAAUCAGAUGCUGCCUAAUUUAUUCUCAUGCUCAGUCCUUUCAAAAGGAAACAUAGCAAUAUUCUGACUAGGGAUUUACUGCCGUACUUAGGAAGAACGCCGUAUGAACCUUCAAACGUUGCCAAAU